CGUCCCCACUGAGGUCCCUAAACUCCACCCCUCACUCCACCCUGAGGGCCCCAUCCUCUGCACCCCAAUCCCCCAGCCCCACUGAGCUCUUAACCCACCCCACCUGAGGAUUCCAUUUCCCUGCCCCUCCCCCAGCUUCCUAGCUCCCCACCCCAAGUGACCCCCAGCAGCUCCUCGCCCCUCCCACUGCACACCGGCACUGAAGGGCUGCCCCGCCCCCGCCCCUCCCGCCCCCGCGGGACACGCCCAGAUUCUUCGCCCCCACAGCCUGGUGCCCUCUGGCCUCCCGCUGUCCCAGGUGGGCCUGGAUCCUUCCAGCUCAUUCUUUGCUUGCGCCGUCCCUCGUUCCAUGGCCCAGUCCUCCCCGGGGACCCUGAGCCUGGAGGCCCUGGACCGCUGGAACCUCGAGCCCACCAGCUGGCUGUACCCGGAGCCGUGGCAGCAGCCCUGUGAAACCUCCCUGGACCCAGAGGCCGAGCCCAGCAUGGACGUGAUCUUGGUGGGAUCCAGUGAGCUCUCAAGCCCCGUUUCGCCCGGGGAAGGCAGAGAUCUGAUUGCAUAUGAAGUCAAGGUUAACCAGCGAAAUAUAGAAGACAUCUGUCUCUGCUGCGGAAGUCUCCAGGUUCACACGCAGCACCCUCUGUUUGAGGGAGGAAUAUGCGCCCCGUGUAAGGACAAGUUCCUGGAUGCCCUCUUCCUGUACGACGAUGAUGGGUACCAAUCCUACUGCUCCAUCUGCUGCUCCGGAGAGACGCUGCUCAUCUGCGGAAACCCCGAUUGCACCCGAUGCUACUGCUUUGAGUGUGUGGAUAGCCUGGUCGGCCCCGGGACCUCGGGGAAGGUGCAUGCCAUGAGCAACUGGGUGUGCUUCCUGUGCCUGCCCUUCUCCCGAAGCGGGCUGCUGCAACGCCGGAGGAAGUGGCGCGGUCAGCUCAAGGCCUUCUACGACCGAGAGUCGGAGAGUCCCCUUGAGAUGUUUGAAACCGUGCCUGUGUGGAGGAGAGAGCCGGUCCGCGUGCUGUCUCUUUUUGAAGACAUCAAGAAAGAGCUGACGAGUUUGGGCUUUUUGGAAAGCGGUUCUGACCCGGGACAGCUGAAGCAUCUGGAUGAUGUCACAGACACAGUGAGGAAGGAUGUGGAGGAGUGGGGGCCCUUUGAUCUCCUGUACGGCGCCACACCUCCCCUGGGCCACACCUGCGACCAUCCUCCCAGCUGGUACCUGUUCCAGUUCCACCGGCUCCUGCAGUACGUGCGGCCCGGGUCAGGCAGCCCCAGACCCUUCUUCUGGAUGUUCGUGGACAAUCUGGUACUGAACAAAGAAGACCAGGACGUCGCGUCUCGCUUCCUGGAGGUGUGUGCGGGGCCGCAUGGGCCUCCCUCUACCCCUGCCCAUGUGAGGAAGGGGCUCUUCGGGUGGCGCUCAGUCUACACCCCAGGCUCCAGGCCUGGAACCCUGUGGUCCCUGGUUUCCAGGUGUGCACAGGGCCCAGGAGAGCUGCUGUGCAGUCCAGGCAGGGACCGUGGUGCCUGGGACAUGAAGCCCCUUCGAGGACAGCCUUGGAGGGCAGUCCCACCUCACACUACUCCUGUGCUCACAGAACACGGCCUUGGGGCCUCACCUCCUGCUGCCGCCCCCUCAGUCUCCACACACACACGUGCACAUCACACACACAGGUGAACACACACCACAGUGCACAUGUGCACACAGUCACUGUACACAUGCGCCACACACAGGGACACACUUACCACACGCAGGUACGCUACGUGCACGCAUACUCCCCCCACCACACACACACAGCCUUCUCUUCACAUGUCUGAAUCCUGAUUGUCAGAGCAGCCACUUUUGGGCUCAGUUGAUGGGUCCCCUCUGGGUCUGACGGGCCGGGUCAGGGUUGGGGAGGGACGGCCACACCUCAGCCACAGGAGACAGGCGGGAGAGGUUCGGGAGGGGGAAGUUCCUCAUGCUCUCAGGUUCCAUGGAGGGGCCACAGCCAGCGGGGGCCCCACCCACCGAGUGGGCAGCACCUGUGGGCUGGAGCCUUUGCUGGGGGUCCAGGCGGGGUCGAGGUUCCCUUGGUGCUGGAAUCUCAUGGAGUGGCUGGAAUGCAAACCCAGCCAUUGGGAAGGGGAGCAAAUGCCAUGAACUGAAAAUCACAAGAUCUGUGCUUUUAGAACAGGAGACUUUGUUUCUGUAAAGGGACACAGCCUGCAAGGCCCUGUCCCCCAGGCUGGGAAGCACGGCCUCUGCCAAGACCAGAGGAGCCAGGAGGCGGCACUUCGAAGGGGAGGGGUGGCCGGGGCAGGAGCUCCGUGCUGACCGGGUUGGCUAAACCUGUGCGGCAGGUUGUUCAUGAAGGGGGUCCUGCUGCACACGUACUGAACAAACAUGCAUGUAACAUACGACCUGUGUUCACCCUGGGGUGGGGUCUUAACACGUCAGUGUGUCGCAAUGAGGCCCUAAACCUCAGGUCUUCUCGGAACACAAAGGCACUCAAGGCGGAGCCUCUGUAAAUCGGCCGGAGCCGGUCCACGGUCAGGGGUCCCUUAUCAGGAGGAGGUUCCUGAAGUCAGGCUUCUGCCCAGUCAGAGCUGUGGUCAUGGCUGUGGAACGUGGUCAGUUUGCGUCUGCGGGUGGAUGGGCUGCAGUCAUUUGAAUCUUGCUCAUGGCCGGGCCAGUGUGUGUUUAGCUGCUGGAGAAAAAGCAGCUGUGGCGUGAGGGCAGAGUCCGUCCUCUCAGUGUAGGGUACGUGGCUCGACCCUUGCCUGCUGUGGCCUGAGGUCCUGUUUGUAAUUUGAUAUCUUAUUGCCACAGAGUCUGUUCUGUCGGUUUAAAAUAAUUCGUCAGCUUUUUCUCCAAAGGUGAUUUAUAAGAAAAAGGGACACAGGAAACACAGUCGGGCUAGAAAGUCCAUUGACCACUCAGGGCCAUUGGCGGCUGCGGCCAGGGGGCCCAUGGGGGGCGCUUACCCCUGACCCACGGCCGACCCUCCCACCCCCAGAUGGAGCCCACCACCAUCCCAGAUGUCCGUGGCGGAUCCCUACAGAAUGCUGUCCGCGUGUGGAGCAACAUUCCGGCCAU